UAAUUAAAUGUGACUUUUUCAUUCAAUAAUGUGUAGAAAAAUUUCAAUUCCGCGCAAAUUUCGCGAAUUACCGACCGAAAUAUUUUGACGCAUGCGCACUAUUAGUCAUAAUUGCCAGCUGUUUCAUGCUGAUCGCGCUGGCGUCGUUGUUUGACUUGCAUUCAUAGAUCGCGCAUAUGGGCUGCUUAAGAGUGAGAUAUUUGUGAGGUUAUAAUCUGACAAAAGUGACUUUUUCGUUAAUAAUAAAUGCAUUUCUAAUGCCAAUUGAUCGCAAGAUCCAAUUCUGUAGAUAGCAGAUUAUCUGCAAAAGUUUUGAGUGUAAAUAAAGCUAGUCGAAGUAAAACAGAAAAAAUGGAUUCUGACUCGUUUGCAAAUGCUAUAGCUACCACAGACUUGGAACAAAAUGUUGAAUUCAAAAGUGAGAAAAUUGAAGCUGACAGUCAGUCAAGCUAUAAAUUUGAAGGCUCCAAGGAAGAGUUAUUUGACAAUGAGAUUAUGUUACCAAAUAGAUCGUCGACUCAAGUAAAUCCAAUAAAAGAGAGACGAGAGAGUAAAGACAAGAACAGAAAAGAGCUGGAAGAAGAGGAGAGAGAAAAAAUGCAGGUGCUAGUUUCAAACUUCACAGAAGAUCAAUUAGACAGGUAUGAAAUGUAUAGGCGAGCUGCAUUUCCAAAAGCAGCCAUUAAGCGUAUAAUGCAGACUAUAACAGGGUGCUCGGUAUCGCAAAAUGUAGUGAUUGCGAUGUCCGGAAUAGCCAAAGUGUUUAUUGGAGAAAUUGUAGAAGAAGCUUUAGACGUGAUGGAAGCAAAUGAGGAAUCCGGACCUUUGCAGCCAAAACACUUGAGGGAAGCUGUUCGAAGACUGAGACUUCAAGGGCAGAUACCGCAUGGAAAAUCACAGAAACUGUUUUUCCGCCUUUGAAAAUUUGUAAAUACCUUAUAAUUAUAUUUAAAUUAAAAUUUUAUAUUAGAUAUUACUAGAUUAAUUAUUUUUUUGCUAUGCACAUUGAAAUUUGAAUAAAUUCAUUGUUUAAGCAUUUUUCAUACUUUUCUAUUUGAAUAGCCUGCACUUGAUAAUAGUUGAAUAUGUUGGAUACCAAAAAGCAUAUUAAUGUUUUAAUGUAUAAGGCCUAUUUUUAAAUACAUCAAUGAAAAAUUUGAAGAUAAAAGAAAUUGUUCAAGAAUACAAUAAACCAGCAUACCAAAUCAA